GCAUCUCAUUUUUCUACCUUAUUUUUGUGCUUUCAGGAAAGGCCGGCAGAUCAGCCUCAGCAACCCCCUCUCGAGUAUGAUCCUGUUCUUUGCCAGAAAGCAAAUUGUAAAGCAAUACUCAAUCCCCUCUGUUUCGUGGACUUCCGAGCAAAGACGUGGGUUUGCCCGUUCUGUAACCAAAGAAAUCCGUUCCCUGCCCACUAUGCAGCUAUCGCAGAGGAUAACCGUCCACCGGAGCUUUAUCCUCAAUUCACUACAAUUGAGUACACGCUGAAGAAGGCCACGACUAUGCCACCGAUUUUCAUGUUUGUUGUGGACACCUGCAUGACUUCGGAAGAGCUGAAGGCCUUGAAGGAAAGCCUGCAGACAGCUCUCUCGCUUCUUCCUGCUGACGCUAUGGUUGGUAUUAUCACUUUCGGCAGGAUGGUACAGUUGCAUGAGCUGAACGUGCAGGGAAUCAGUCGCAGCUUUGUUUUCAAGGUAAGAUUU